CAAUAUAGAGUAGUCAUCCCUAAGGACAAAAGAACUCCUAUGGAUAAAGAGCCCAUUCCAUUCCAAGUAGAUGUGUUUGGCCGUUGCCCCAGGCCCAGGAUGUAACGUUCUCUUCCUUUUAGAUUGAUUUCAAGGACAAAUUUUUGCCACCUCAGCCAAAAGUAAACGGUACUACGACGGUCUCACUUCAGUUGCCAACUUGAAACAGAGUAACCUCUGUGAUCUUUUGUUUGAGGUUCUGGUCUCUGGUUUAGGAAUCUAUGUUUGUUGAUUUCGGGUACAAAACUUUGCCUCUCUGUUUCAAAGUUGGUUUUUGUAUCUCUUGAACAGUUCCUUGGUGAUUCCAUAUACAGUUGAUUUGAUUUCCAUGGAAGUUGCAAAGAAGCUCCAUGCACGCCUCAUCAGAAAUGGAUCGCACACUACCCCAGUUGCGAUACUGGAUGUUCUCCGGGUAUAUGCUCUCUCUCCUUCAUUUUCACAAGGAGCCCAUCUUGUUUUUAAUCAGAUUGAAGCACCCACUUUGUCAAUUUGGAAUUGGAUGAUACGUGGGUACUCCUUAAGCGAUCGACCCAGUGAAGCAAUUUGUAUGUAUGAUCAAAUGAGGUUUCAAGGUGUGAAGGAAAACAAACUAACAUUUACAUUCGUCUUCAAGGCAUGUGCCCGUGUACCAGAUAUCUCAUAUGGUCGGAAGAUCCAUGUCCAUUGCCUUAAGCUUGGUUUUGAUUCUUGUAUCUUUAUCUCCAAUAUUUUGAUUCAUAUGUAUGCUUCCUCUGGUGAAUUGAAUUUAGCCCACAAAGUGUUUGAUGCGAUGUUAUUCAGAGAUUUAGUUUCUUGGAACUCUCUGAUUUGUGGGUACAGUCAGUGCAAUAGAUUUCAAGACGUUUUGCUGCUUUUUGGGGCAAUGCAGGCGGAGAAGGUGAAGGCUGAUGCUGUGACGAUGGUGAAAGUAGUUUUAGCUUGUAGCCAUUUGGGUUACCAAGAACAUGCUAAUUCCGUGAUUAAUUAUAUUGAGGAAAAUCAUGUGGAGAUAGAUGUCUACUUGGGAAAUACUCUGAUGGAUCUGUAUGGAAGACAUGGGUCUGUGGAGUUGGCUCAAAAGAUGUUUGAUCGGUUGCCUGAAAGAAAUACAGUCUCUUGGAAUACAUUGAUAAUGGGAUAUGUUAAAGUUGGUGAUGUGGUUGCUGCACGAGAACUUUUUGAUCGUAUGCCAUCCAGAGAUGUGAUCUCUUGGACAUCUAUGAUCACAGGUUACUGUCAGAAAAACCGAUUUUUUGACGCUUUGAUGCUUUUCCAGCAAAUGAUAGCGGCCAAGGUAAAACCAGAUGAAAUUACAGUAGCUAGUGUGCUUUCAGCCUCUGCUCAUUUGGGCAUGCUUGAUAUGGGGAAGGCGAUUCAUAACUAUAUUCGCAUGUACAAUAUCAAAACUGAUGUUUAUGUGGGGAAUUCUUUGAUCGAUAUGUAUUGCAAGUGUGGCUGCAUUGAGAAUGCAUUGAAAGUUUUCCGUGAGAUGACAGAUAAAGAUACUGUUUCAUGGACGGCAAUCAUAUCAGGACUUGCAGUGAAUGGUUAUGCUCAUGAUGCAAUUGACUUCUUUUCACAAAUGUUGAGAGAAGAUAUUCAGCCAAGUGAAGCGACCUUUGUUUCUGUUCUGCUAGCUUGCGCUCACACAGGAUUGGUGGAAAAAGGAUUUGAAUAUUUUGAAAGCAUGACCAAGUUUUAUUGCAUGGAACCAAAAAUGAAGCACUAUGGAUGUAUGGUUGAUCUCCUGAGCCGCUCUGGCAAUCUGGACAGGGCAUUUGGCUUUAUUAAGAAUAUGCCAGUAGACCCAGAUCCCAUUGUGUGGAGGAUUUUGCUUAGUGCUUGCAAGCUUCAGGGAAAUGUUUUGAUGGCUGAAAUUGUCACAAAAAAGCUUAUUGAGUCGGAUCCUGAUAACAGUGGCAACUAUGUUCUCUUAUCCAACACAUAUGCAGGGGCAGAUAGGUGGGAUGAUGCCAUGAAUAUGAGGGAAUUGAUGAAGGAUAGCGAUGUGCACAAGGUUGCUGGUUGCAGCUUCAUCGAAGCUGAUGGCAUGCUUCUUGAUUCUGUCAUGCCAGAAAAACAUCCUUUCCCAGCAAAGGAUCAUGCUUUCACUGGUUGAAUCUUCUUGAGAAUUGAUCAAGGGUUGUUGUCAUCCAAUUCCAAUGAACCAGUUGCAUAUCAGUAUGUUAAUAUUGCAGAUGAAUGACCAGUGAGACCUAGUUCUUCUUGAUCCCUGUACAGUGAUUACUGUGAAUUAAUUGCUCAUGAUUCAUGAGAACUCAAUAUUUCUAUAGUGAUGACAAUUAGAUAAGAUACUAUGUCGGGAAACAGCCUCUCCGCGAAGCGAGUGUAAGGCUGCAUACAUUUUGACCCUCCCCAGACCUCAUAGUGGCAGGAUCCUCGUGCACCAGAAUAACAUGACUCGGACUCCUGGUAUGAUGUUGUAAUGAAGAAUUUGGCCCAAGGACAUAAUUCCUUAUUACUUCUUCGUAUCCAGUAGAUUCAAUACACCUUAAUUGUUUGAGAUAGAGAAAAAGAAACAUGAGAAAGAACAAAAGGAAGGAAGAAAGAAGAGAAUGAGAUAUGAGGAUUACAAGCUAAAGGUUGAACCAUCAAAAUUCAAAAGGAUGAGUAUACAGUGACGAGUUCUGGAGAGUGUUGAAGUUUGAUCUCAACCAAUCACUGAUUUCCUUGGAGAUAUCGAUGGCAGAGCGACAUGCUCAUAAUGUUAUUCUUCAGCCAAGAGGUGGUGUCAUUUUUGAAGAUUCUCAGAAUUCUCUGCAAGUCACUGGUAGUCUAUAUACUAUCAGAACUGUGUUAGGCAACCCCAAGAGAUCAACUUGGAUGACAUUCAGGGCAUGUGUGAAUGUUGGGAUCCCCUUCUACUUCACAAGGUCAGUUCGAAGUGCCCAUAUAAAGAUGCUCUUCUUAAGAAGGAUAGUAUUUGAAGUUAAUAGUUGCACCAACUGAGCCAGGACCAGGACUUGGCUUCCCUGAAUAGGCGAAAGCAUUUGGCACUGCCGCUUUUAAGGUUUGGUUUGUUUCGACAGAAAACAUGACAAGAGUUGCUGCCAAAAGGAAAUUGUAUUGUUCCAAAAAGGCUCUGUUUGUUUCUUUGUGUGCUAUCAUAUACCUUUGUAUCGGCUAAGUUCA